AUGAAGAAUUAUGUACUGCAACAACAGGGCAUUUUCCACAUUGAAUUGCAAUAUAGUCAUCCCAGCAAUGAGCAAACUCUUCUUCAAGUGACGAUUUCACUUAGCAAGGUAGAGCUUAGUGUGGGCGAAUCCAAAUUCUUCACGUGCACAGCGAUUGGUGAGCCAGACAGUAUAGACUGGUACAAUCCACAAGGAGAGAAGAUUGCAUCUAGUCAAAGAGUGGUCAUUCAAAAAGAAGGUGUUAGAUCACGGCUAACUAUUUACAAUGCAAAUGUAGAAGAUGCUGGGAUAUAUCGAUGUCAAGCAACUGAUGCAAAAGGACAUACUCAAGAAGCUACUGUUGUUUUGGAAAUUUAUCAGAAGCUCACUUUCCGAGACAUAAUAACCCCACAAGAAUUCAGACAAGCAGAAGAUGCUGAAGUGGUUUGCCAUGUUACUAGUUCACCUGCACCUGUUGUCAGCUGGUUGUAUCGAAAUGAGGAAGUCACAACUAUUGCUGACAAUCGAUUUGCGAUGUUAUCAAACAACAAUCUCCAAAUUCUUAAUAUCAAUAAAAGUGAUGAAGGAAUAUAUAGAUGUGAAGGAAGAGUUGAAGCUAGAGGAGAAAUCGACUUUCGGGAUAUCACAGUUAUUGUCAACGUUCCUCCAGCAAUUACUUUGCUACAGAAGUCCUUUAAUGCUACAGCAGAUCGGGGAGAGGCAAUUACUUUAUUCUGUAGAGCCACUGGCUCUCCUGAACCUGAAAUCAGUUGGCAUAGGAAUGGCAAACUUAUUGAUGAAAGUGAAAAAUAUAUUUUGAGAGGAAGCAAUACAGAAUUAACAAUCAGAGAUAUCAAAAAUAUUGAUGCAGGUCCUUAUGUUUGUGGAGCAAAAAAUAAAGCAGGAAAUGAUAAAAAGCAGACAUUCCUCCAAGUUUUUGUACAGCCUCAGAUAAUACAUCUUAAAAAUGAAACCACAUUUGAAAACGGUCAAACAACACUGAUAUGUGAGGCAGAAGGAGAACCUGUACCAGAAAUUACUUGGAAAAGAGCCAUCGAUGGAAUAACUUUUUCUGAAGGUGACAAGAGCCCAGAUGGCCGUAUAGAAGUCAAAGGGCAGCAUGGAAAAUCGUCACUGCAUAUUAAAGAUGUGAAGUUGUCAGAUUCAGGGAGAUAUGACUGUGAAGCUGCAAGUAGAAUUGGUGGGCAUCAAAAGAGCAUGUACCUUGAUAUUGAAUAUGCUCCAACAUUUGUGUCAAAUCAAACCUUGUAUUAUUCUUGGGAAGGCAAUCCUAUCAAUAUAAGUUGUGAAGUACUAUCUAAUCCUAUAGCUUCAGUUCACUGGAGAAGAGGAAAAUUAGUUUUACCUGCAAAAAAUACUACCCAUUUAAAGACUUACAGUGCAGGAAGAAAGCUGAUAUUAGAGAUUGCUCCCACAUCUGACAAUGAUUUUGGGCGAUAUAAUUGCACAGCUACUAACAGAAUAGGAACAAGACAUCAGGAAUAUACCCUUGGGCAAGCUGAUGUGCCAUCCAGUCCCUACGGAGUAAGAAUUAUAGAAUUGUCACAGACUAUUGCAAAGGUCUCUUUCAAUAAGCCAGAUUCACAUGGAGGUGUGCCCAUUCAUCAUUACCAAGUGGAUGUGAAAGAAGUUGCUUCAGAAACUUGGAAAGUAGUGCGCUCCCAUGGAGUUCAAACAACGGUUGUUCUUAGCAAUCUGGAACCGAAUACAACAUAUGAAAUCAAGGUUGCAGCUGUAAAUGGAAAAGGACAAGGAGAGUAUAGCAAAAUUGAGAUCUUUCAGACUUUACCCGUUCGUGAGCCAAGCCCUCCAUCAAUUCACGGACAACCAGGCAGUGGAAAGAGCUUUAAACUUAGUAUAACUAAACAGGAUGAUGGCGGAGCCCCCAUAUUGGAAUAUAUCGUGAAAUACAGAAGUAAAGAUAAGGAAGACCAGUGGCUAGAGAAAAAAGUACAGGGUAGUAGAGACCACAUAAUCUUAGAGCAUCUGCAAUGGACCAUGGGUUAUGAAGUGCAAAUUACUGCUGCCAAUAGACUGGGUUAUUCCGAACCAACAUUGUAUGAGUUCAGCAUGCCACCAAAGCCCAACAUUAUUACUGAUACCCUUUUUAAUGGCCUUGGGCUCGGUGCAGUCAUUGGCCUAGGAGUAGCAGCCCUAUUGUUAAUCCUUGUUGUGACUGACGUCAGCUGCUUCUUCGUACGGCAAUGUGGAUUGCUAAUGUGCAUUACUAGGAGAAUUUGUGGGAAAAAGAGUGGCUCCAGUGGAAAAAGUAAAGAACUAGAAGAAGGAAAAGCUGCAUACCUGAAAGAUGGAUCAAAAGAGCCAAUAGUGGAAAUGAGAACAGAGGAUGAAAGAAUUACCAAUCAUGAAGACGGGAGUCCAGUAAAUGAGCCAAAUGAAACAACACCACUCACAGAACCUGAGAAACUGCCACUAAAAGAAGAAAAUGGGAAAGAAGCUUUAAAUCCAGAAACUAUAGAAAUCAAAGUUUCUAAUGAUAUCAUCCAGUCAAAAGAAGAUGAUAGCAAAGCAUAA